AAAGGAGGCGUGUAGGGAGGGGGUCGUGAACGUUCUCUUCCCAUUCAACCCUUUUGACAAAGCAUUACUACCUUCCUCAAACACCAUCGCCACUACUACAAUGCCGUACCUUCUACCAACUAUAAAUUUAAUACAUCAACAAUAAAUAAAAAAUUCGUUUUUUUUUCUUCGUUCUUGUUGUGUGUACUUUUGGAGCUGGAUCCCCCUUGAAUUGUUGAGUUGACUAGUUUUUGUUUCUGGGUUUGCUUUAUCUUUCCAAAGGGGUCCAGCUCCUGUGUGCUUUCAACCAUUGUUGAUACCAAAAAUCGUUGCUUUUUAGUUGCUCGUGUUUUCCCUUUUGGUUAAUUGGGAUGUGGAGAGAUCCAGGACUUUCUGCUGAUUCUUUCUAUGAAAUCCGCCCCGAAUGCACCGAUCUUCCAAUUACUCGAUUUAAGAUCAAGGGUGUCCAUCCAUCAAUUAGGGGAGAAGUUUGGGAAUUUCUACUUGGUUGCUAUGAUCCCAAGAGUACAUUUGAGGAAAGAGAUCAGAUAAGACAACGGCGAAGGAUGCAAUAUGCUACAUGGAAAGAAGAAUGCCACCAACUGUUUCCACUUGUUGGAAGUGGUAGAUUUAUCACAUCACCUAUUAUUACUGAAGAUGGUCAGCCAAUUCAAGAUCCAUUGGUUCUGAAAGAAACAAAUCCAGCCAAGGGAUUGGGUGUACUUCCUCAAGAUAGUAAUAGUCCUUCAAGAAUGGAUGCUGCAAAUAUCUUGGAAAAGGUGACAGACAAGAGAGUAGUCCAGUGGAUGUUAACUCUCCAUCAAAUAGGUCUUGAUGUGGUUCGCACUGAUAGGACAUUGGUUUUUUAUGAGAAGCAAGAAAACUUGUCAAAACUAUGGGAUAUUCUUGCUGUUUAUGCUUGGAUAGAUAAAGAUGUUGGCUACGGUCAAGGAAUGAGUGACCUAUGCUCCCCUAUGAUAAUUCUUCUUAAUGAUGAAGCAGAUGCAUUUUGGUGCUUUGAGCGUUUGAUGCGCAGACUUCGAGGCAAUUUCAGAUGCACAGAUAACUCUGUUGGGGUGGAGGCUCAACUAAGUAAUUUGGCUUCAGUUACUCAAGUAGUUGAUCCAAAACUUCAUAAACAUUUAGAGCAUCUUGGUGGUGGUGGCUAUCUGUUUGCUUUUCGAAUGCUAAUGGUUCUGUUUCGUCGAGAAUUCUCCUUUUGUGAUUCAUUGUACCUUUGGGAGAUGAUGUGGGCUUUAGAAUACGAUCCGGACAUGUUCUUGAUGUAUGAAGAGCCUCAAUCAACUUCUGAAAGAGCUGUGGGCUAUAGAGGAAAAACAAAGUCAAUACGUCAAUGUGGAAAGUAUGAGAGAGAAAAUUUGAAAAAUGGAGCAAAGAAUGCUGAGGCUCCUCUUCCUAUAUCUGUAUUCCUUGUUGCUAGUGUGUUGAAAGAUAGAAGCACAAAACUACUCCGGGAAGCGCAAGGCUUGGAUGAUGUUGUCAAGAUAUUGAAUGACAUAACUGGAAAUCUAGAUGCCAAAAAGGCUUGCACUGGUGCUAUGAAACUUCACAAAAAAUAUUUGAGAAAGGCCAAGAAAUCUUAGUACCAAAUACAUUCAAUGAUUUUUUUCGUUUUGGGCUGAUCAAGUGAUGGGUUGUUUCCGGCUCGCUACCAUUUAAUUCCCUACGCGACAAUAAUGAAGUCCAUCAAAUUUGGAUUGGACAACACAGUAUUUUAAAAAGGGGCCUUAGAAUCCAACCAUCAAAUUCCCCGAGACAACUGUUGUAUGUGAAAUCAUUUUUUUUAUUCUUAUUUCUUGUGUAUCCAAAAGAAGUGAGAUUGUAGAUGAAAAUGGAAUUGUUUCUGUAUUUUUACUUUGUAAUAUAUUUGCUAUUGCAAAAGGGAAACAAGAAACAGGAAACAACCAUUGGAUUUGAUUUCUAGUCAAUGAAAUUGAUUGUGAUUGUC